GCUCCCAGUUCACUCCUGUGUGCGUCUGCGUGUGAGUGAGAUGCUCUGUACUAAACAGCAGAGAGGUCCUCGCCUUCGACUUCAGGUUUGAUAAGAAAGGUUUCUGCUUCAACAUGGGUUCUUGUGCUUCAACCCAUAAGAACCCAGAUUCUACCAUGAAACUUUUCUCGAUUACUUCUAAGGCUGAUAAGAUAUUGAUCCCUUCAUCUACCGAGGAGAAACCCGUAAACGGCGAACUGGGUUUCAAGUCGCAGUCUUCACCGCGCCAGCCCUCCUUGACGAGUUUUAGGGAUUUUGCAGGUAGUAAAGAGGAAAACUUUUUUGAUUCCCAACCUUGGUUAGAGUCAGAUUGUGAAGAUGACUACUUCAGUGUUAAUGGUGAUACCCCAUCUCGUGGUAAUACUCCAAAGCAUCAGAGCGGCUUCGUAGGAGCACAACUACUAAAUAAACCCAUUUCUAUGGAUGGAGCUGCUGGAACCAGAACUGAAACAUCUCCAACUGACAAGAAAAAGAAACUAGCUGAGCUCUUUCGUGAGAGUUUUUCGGAUGAUCAGGAUGCUGUCAACCAAAGUAUAUCUAAUGGAAUACUAAAAUCUAAACCAAUCAUCUUGGAUCUCCCUCCCAGAUCUUCUAAUGGAACCCCAGAUGUGUCUGGAUUGAAUUCGGUUGGCAGUAGUGAGAGAACUCCAGAUAAAGAUUUUAAACUUGAUAAGGAGAAAUCGGCCAGGGUUGCACAGUGUUGCCUCCCAAGUUUUGUUCGGAGCCGUAGCUUUAGUGAUAGGAAGAAGACAUUGAGCCCUGGACCCAAUGGUGGAGGGCAACAAAAGAUUUCCUCUAAAUCCUGCUGAAGUAUUCACUUUCUAUUCUAUGUAAAUGGACAAAGCUAUCAGGAAUCUCCAGAUUUACAAACCUAUGUAUGCUUCCUUUUGGCAGAGUUUCACCCUAAUGCAUGAAAAGCAUGGUAUUUGUCAGCAAUUUCUGUGAGCCCUCAAGA